CCAACGCUCACCUGAAGACUGACCACCUGCAACACAAAGGCAGAGCCACAUAAAAUCAGAAUGAUGGAUGAAAGAGGAAAAGAGAGUGGAGUGGCAGCCAUGGCGGCCUGCUACCAAAAGUUUGAUCCUGCGGCAUAUCUGCAGUACAACUACACUCCACCACGGGCUGAUUUCUCAAGAAAAGACAGCAUUGUACCUUGGAAACUGGCACGUUUGCACAGGGCUUUUACAGAAGGUGAUGUGAGGGGGGAGCUCCUGGUGGACAUUGGUUCUGGACCCACUUUGUACCAGGUGAUGAGUGGCUGUGAGGUUUUUAACAGAAUCAUCCUGACAGACUUCUUAGAGGUGAACCGGCAGGAGCUGAGGCGCUGGCUCCAGGAUGAGGGAGGAUGCAGCCUGGACUGGACUCCGUAUCUGGAACACGUUUGCAAACUUGAAGGGCGACGGCCCUCAGCUUGGCCCGAGAAAGCUGCCAAGCUGCGUCAGGUCACUUCGGACAUCCUCCCUAUAGACGUGCACUGCUCUCAGCCUCUGGCCCCUGACAUCCUUCCUUCUGCUGGAGCUGACUGCUUGGUAUCCAGCUUCUGCCUGGAGAGCGUCAGCCCUGACCUACCUGCCUUCAACAGAGCCUUGGGCCACAUCCGGAAGCUCCUCCGACCUGGAGGUCACCUCAUGCUCAUUGGAGCCCUGGGAGAAAGUUAUUACUUUGGAGGGCCAGGUGUAAGGAUCCCCGUGGUCCCACUGAAUGAAGCCCAGGUGUGCACUAGUUUGAAGGAGAGUGACUACACCCUGAUAAGGCUGGAAGUUUACACACUGCCUCAGGACAUGAGGGUUGGGGUGGAUGAUGUGACAGGAGUGUUUUUUGCAAAAGCAAAGAGGGAUUAAUCAGUUGAAAUGCAGGGAUGGUUAAAUAAGUCAGUACAACAUUUAAUAUGAAAGAAGUGUAAAUGCAUGGUUUUGCACUCUGACUUAACAAAAUAAUAAUCAACUAUUAUCUCUUUGCAUGAAAACUGUUUUUCACUAAUCUUAAAUCACUGAUUACUACAAAUGAACUUGAAGAAGGAAAAACAAAACAAAAAGCUUCACUUGAUGAUUGUUUUCCUGCAGAUUAUGUUUUAUAAAGCUAAGCAACAGGACCCCCCCCCCCCCCUCGAUUUUUUUUGUUUUACCAAAGAACGUUUGGUUGAGUUUAUGAUUAAAGGCUGCCCCCUGCAGUGCAAACAUAGUUACUACAGAACUGGGACAUUGUUUAAACUGGAGCUUCUGUUACAGCCUUGCAAUGCAUUUUGUCAACUCUUAGCUAUUUGUAAAGCUCAUCUGUCUGUUUUUUGACUCUGCUUCAAUAAUAAAAGAUGAACUGUCCACACA